AUGGCUUCUGCAGAACUUACUUUGAAAAGAACCUUGACAGACGUCUUAGAGGAUGAAUUAUAUCAUUUGAAGCACAAAGAAAUGGAUUAUUCAUACCAGGAUCCAGUUCUGAAUAGCGAUGGUACUGUCGAGCAGUCACAGAAUAGUGCUCUUUUUGCUGAUGUGAAUAGAUAUUCCAAAAAUGAUUUCAAUCAAUAUAGUGAUCAGGAGAUGUUCAACAAAUACGGAAAUCCCUCCUUAACCACAACUACAAGUACUGGCAUUGCUUCUACUACUAGUACUGAUGUGUCAACUAGGUCAAGCACAAGUACAGUUCAUAGCACCCCUGUUGCUAAGACAGUGAAUUUAAACAAUGUACUGAGCGUUCCGAACCCUUUUAUUAAUAAUAAUAAUAAUAAUAAUAAUACUUCUUUCAAUAACAACUAUAAUGCCUCAGGUCAGCGAGAAUUUUUACCAUACAAUAUUAGGAUAUCGAAUGACUAUAUGAACGAUACGGAUAACUUUUACUCUAUGGAAGACGAGUCUCUCAAUUUCAAUGAUUCCAAGAUGUACUACUCUCUACAGGAUAACGAUAACAAUGUCGCUUUGAAUAAUGAAAAUGCGAAAUUAAUCUUCGACAAUGAGUUUAAAGGUGACGAUGAAGAUGACGAAGACGAUGAUGGGAAUGUUUUUGAAGAUGAUCAAGUAUUUUUUGAUGAUAUUGAGAAUGAUUUAAUCGUACCAUACAACUUUGUUGACACAAGUAAGAGUGACAUGAAUGGUUUACAUGGGCCAAUGUACAAUACUGCUAUUUUAGAUGGGGAUGUUGAUGACGAUGAUGUUGAUGAUGAACCACUGCUGGUACAAGAUAGUUUCAACGAGCGUUCCUCAGGCGCGAUGGACGAUAUAUUAUUCAAUAAUCAACUAACGGAAUCGGAAAGAUCCAAAUCUUUUUCGAAUCAAAACAGGCCAUCUAUUAAUUUUGCAUUGACUACAAAUAAAACUACUAUUCUUACACCUUCUCCUUCUCCUUCUAAGCAAACAUUUUAUAAAAGCAAAAGGGUUCCUUUGACAAAUAUUAACAAUAACAGUAGCCACAUAAGUAAUACCAAAGAAAACAAAACCAAACACAGUGUUAUAAAUUCAUUACCUUCAUAUUCAUUAAUAUCCAAUAAAAAAGUCAGCGUUAAAAAAUCUAAAGUGAAAGAAAACCUGACCAUAUCGAAUAAACAUAGCGAUUCUAAUGAAAUAUUUACGUGUCGUUUAAUAAAUAUCAUAACGAAAGAGCCGUGCUUAGCUGAGUUUUCCAGGUCGUACGAUUUAACAAGACAUCAAAAUACUAUUCAUGCCAAAAAGAAAAUUAUUUUCCGUUGUAGCGAAUGUAUAAGGAUGUUAGGAAAUGAAGGUUAUGAUAAGACAUUUUCUAGACUAGAUGCAUUGACAAGACAUAUCAAAUCGAAGCAUGAAACUUUAAGCGUACAAGAACGUCAGGAGGUGACUAAAUAUGCGAAGGAGAAUAUAGGGUACGUUGUUGGAUGA